AUGAUUGCCUCAUUAUGUUUAAAGAAUGUGAGGAAGAAUGAGAGGAAAUUAAUCCAUCAUCAGGUAAGGGAGGUCUGUGGAAACCAUGCGGGAGUUGCUCAAACAGGUUAUAAAAAAAAGAAAGGGACCCCAGAUGUAGACAGAGUGAGGAAACUAACAGAAAUGAAGGGUUAUAAAAAGUACCUGUCGCUGUGUUCUGGUACCGAUUUAUCUGGUGCAGGUUUGUUUUCUUCACCCAUUUGGGACGGAACUAUGAUGAAGGAUCUUUCGUUUCAAGUAACGGGGGGAAGGGUAUCUUCCCGUUUAGAAUAUCAAAAGUGGCGUAAGGAAGAAGGAAAGUUUGGCCAUAACAAUGAGGAGAAAUGUGUAAGGGUACCUAGUGCUAUCACGAGGUUGAUUCCAUUUCAGGGGAGUUGUUUUUCCAAUCGAGUUGGCAAUCUGUACAGUGGCGUUAGUAGAGGAUACUGCACGAGGAGGUUAUUUGGCACUUCCUCAGAAGGUACAUCUGGUGGGUAUUCCAAAGGGGAUAAUGCGAAGGUGAACAGAAUGGAAGGGGAAGCCCUCAGAGCCGCUAAAGGUGAAACUCCAGAUGAGGGAAACCAUGAAAGUGGAAGUCAGUCCACAGUGACAUUCACUGAGAGCACAUCAAAUAGUACUGGCAACAGUGGAAAGGCGGAGCCAAACGGAAAUGAGGAGAAGCAGUCUCUGAGGCAAAUAUAUAUGCACAAAAAACAAAGGGAAAAAAUGAUUAAGAUGUACCUCCUGCUGAGUCUGUUGCUAAUGCCAUUUGGACAAGUAUACUUGUACUGCAUCGAGAAUGACAUAAGCAUGGAAGAAUUUUUUAAAAUAUUAAAAAAUAAAACUGAAAUGCUAGAAAAUAAAUAUAACGAUAUAUUACAAGAACUGAUUGAUAAAUAUUUCCCACUGAGUAAUGAGCCAUUAUUACCCGACUUCAAAGAUUUAAAUUACCCAGAAAAUUUACCAACCCUAGUUAUCGACUUGAAUUAUGUAAUAGCUAAAUUAGAGUAUGACAGAAAAAGUGGAUGGAGAGUCUUGAAGAGACCAUAUGCGGAUAUGUUCUUUAAAGAGCUGUCCAGUUUUUAUGAAAUUGUUAUUUGGUCAGAAGAUAACUUCCCUGUAGCACAGGAGGUCAUUUCCAAGUGGGGCAUACCUGCCAUUGGAUGCUUACACAGAGACCAAUGUUCCAAGAAGAGAGGAUAUUACGUAAAGGAUUUGAAGAGACUGGGUAGGAAUCUUGACCGAGUUGUUAUCAUUGACCACGAUGCCCAUGCCUUUAUGCUUCAGCCAGAGAAUGGAAUCCUCAUAAAGGAAUUUCAUGGUGAUGUAAACGAUAAGGAAAUUUUGUCUCUAAUAGAUUUGUUAAAGUCAUUCGCCAUCAGUAGUUACGACAUUUCGCAGUUUCUCAAAAAAUACGGUGGGGGUGACUACAACAUUGGAAAGCGGUAUAUGCAACUGAAGAGCGACACGGAGCAGAAAUCCCAGAGGAUAAGGAACUUUGGCAAAAUUUUCCACCUCGACGGGAAGAGGACGCCUAACGGAAUGUCCUUCAACUCGUAA